AUGAAAGAGCGGGAGCCAGCCUCACGCACCGCCGCGGCGCCCCGAGCCCCCGCGCAGGCGGCGGGCACAGCCCUCCCGCCGGGCCCGCGCUGGGCUGGGCCGCCCCGCAGCCCGAGGGACGGCAGCCCCGCAAAGCCGCGGCCCCCGGGCAGGCUGCGGCCGGGAGCGGCGGGCGGGCGGCCUCCCGCGGCCCGCCCGGAGGGGCCGCGCCCUCGGACGCCCGGAAGGCAGCGGGAAAGCGGCUCUGUCCUCCCCUCGCCCGGGGGGUUCGCUCCCGGGACGAAGGGCAGAGCGAGGCGGGGCGCCGGGCGGCCGCCCCUCCCUCCGUCCCUCGCCGCCGCGGUGCCCUCCGCCGUUCCCCACCCGGUGUCCCGGGAGACCCGGGGCCGCAGCGCGUCCCCCGCCCGCACGGGGCCCGUGCCGCAACCGCGGGCUGCCCGCACCGCGCCUGACCCGGACGCGGCCCUCCUGCCCUGCCCUGCCCUUCCCAGCCCCGCCGGCCCUGCUUACCGCCCCGGCGCUCACCGCCGCCUCCCGGCCGCCCGCUCCCGCUCGCCGCCGCGCUGCGGACUGAGGCGGCCGCUCCUCCCCGCGCAAGGACACCCGGGGCACGACGCGCCAGCCGCCGCCAUCGCCCGAUCGCGCAGCCAAUGGAGAGCGCCCGGCACGCCCCGCGCGCCGCGCGUCACCCGCCGCAUCGCCGCGGCAACCGCCCUGCGGACGCCGCGCGGCUCGAGCCGCGAUCAGGAGCGGGAACACGCCAUCUCGCCACGGGCCGCCCGCCAAUGGGCCGCCGCGCUCCCCUCGCCUUGCGCUGCGAUUGGCCGGCAGCGCCGGGCUCCUUUGCAUAUGCUGAUCGACCGACAGGCCCGCCCCGCCCCCCCGCGCGGCGGCCGCCCCGGGCGGGGCUGGUGCCGGGUCCCGCCGGGGCAGGGGCGAGCGGCCGGGCCGGCCCUGCUAAGCCCGUCGGGUCGUGGUGCUUGUACGGCCUGA